AGACGCGCGGGAGAGAGAGAGAGAGAGAGAGAAGCUGAGGUGAUUCGCGCGGCUGGGCGGGCAACGGAGGAAGCUUUGUCGGCCGUCGCUCGCUCGCUCGCUCGCUCUGCCGGCCACCAUGUUCCAAGGGCCCGAGUCCGACACAACCAGACCCAGCUCCAGGGGGCUGCAGCCACCAGGUGGACUCUCCAGUGACCUCUUUGGAAGUGCAGAAGUGUCCUCUUCCAAGCCACAGAAAAUGACGUCUAACAUAUUUGCAGCGGCUGAAGAACCUAUAAACUUCCCAAAGAGAACCAAUCCCCCAGGUGGGAAGGACAGCGGCAUUUUUGAGGAUCAUAAACCUAAUGCAUCCCGGCAAUUUAUAAACCCACCUGGAGGGAAAACACACAAUAUCUUUGGGACCUCAUCACCUGUCAGCACAGUCAAAGCACAUCCAAAUAAGCCCAAGGACCACACCUUUCUCUUGAAUGAUAGAGGAGAUUCACCACGAGAAACAAAAGUUCCAGAAGACCAAAGACCGCAGAGAGAAGAGUUGAGCGAGAAGAAGGACCUGCUGAAGGAGACCACCAAAGAACCUGGCCCCAAGAUAGACAACCAUGAACCCAGGCUGGGACCACGGCCGCGUUCUCACAACAAAGUCCUCAACCCCCCAGGAGGCAAAUCUAGCAUUGCAUUCUAUUAGGGAAGGCCACUUUCUCACCCCCACCCUUCCCCAAUGUCUUAAGCUUUCAUUCUCAGAACCAAAAGGCUAAUUUUCUAGUGCUUGAAGGAGGGAGGCACUUAGUGGUUUGGCUUGUUAGUCCAUAGCAGCAAUCGGGCUUUGGGGGAGGGGGGUGUUUGUAAGACGGGGACGAGCCUCCUUCCUUCUCUCUGCAUUCUGAACACAGUUAAGGAAGACUUCCGGAGAUGGAUUGCAGAACACAUCCCAUUUAAAGUGCAAUACCAAUUUUUGAUCUGCCAGCUAGGCAACACAGCCUCAAGGAGAUAUUCUCUCUGCUUGUAAAGAAGGGAGGCUGCUGCAACCCCUGCCUCGGAAAAGAGAGUCGUCCCUUGAUUGUCGUCUUGCAAAAAAAAAAAAGUGCAGGCGAAUCAUUUUUUGAGAUAAGUUGUAGUUGAAAUGAAUCAUGCACAAAUCCCUUUUCUGAAAGAGUUUUAGAAGCUUUGGCUUUGUGGCACUCUUUUGACCAGUUGGCUAUAACUUCAUGAUGAGUAGCACAUUAAAACAAAAAAAAUAGGUCUGUUGAUAGAACGAAGCCAAACCGCUUCAGUUUAAAAUUAGAGCCUGAACCCUCUCCAAGGAGGCAGUUCAGAAGCUAGUGACUAACUCUCUCCUUCAUCACUAACCUCCCUGCACAAGCUAUUGUGCCUGAAGAUUUUAACUUGUAUUGGGCAGCGAGCUGCUGUAGCUUUCAGAAAGGUUCUCAUUCUAAUUUUAUGCUGACUCUUAGUCUGUUCUCCUUGUUGCUCUUUGGUUGCCUUUAGCGACUUCUCUCUCCCCUUAGCUAGGUCUUUCUAUGCAGAGGCAGCCUCUGUUACCUUUAGCUACACGAGGUGGAGCUUAGACACUGGCUGUUUUGUUUUUCAAGUUCUUGGGCUCACCUCUUCCACUCCCUCUGCCAAUAGGGGAAAAAAAGAUCAGACUGGGGCCCACCAGUUCUUCUAGGGCAGGCAGUGACAAAAGAGGUGGGGCCAGAAUUCUUCAUCUUAUAUGUUUACCUAUUUUAUCUCUUCCUCAGCACCUCCUUCCCACCUAUACCCACUUCAAACAUUGCAUAGUGCCAAUUCAUGUGGCCUCACAGAUUCUGAACACCAGGGGUCUCCAACCUUGGCCACUUUAAGACUUGUGGGCUUCAACUCCCAGAAUUCCUUACCCAGCCACGCUGCCUGGGGAAUUCUGGGAGUUGGAAGUCCACAAGUCGUAAAGUUACCAAGGUUGGAAACCCCUGCUGAACUUUCUUGGAAGAAUGUAUGAAAGCUUUCUUUGAAAAAAAAAGUUUCUGUAAGAGGUCACUUAUUCUAUAGUUAUUGGAAAGCGGAGCGCUUCCAGGUUUAUCAACUGAACAUUAACAUCUCUGUGCCUUUUAACUUGCAAGUGAGUAAACAUUGUUAUAUUGCUAUAACCUUUAAACCAGGGGUCUUCAAACUUGACAGCUUUAACACUUGUGAACUUCAACUCCCAGAAUUCCUCCUCCAGUCAUGUUAGCUUAGGAAUUCUGGGAGUUGAAGUCCACAAGUCUUAAAUUUGCCAAGUUUGAAGACCCUUGCCUUAAACUGUGAAUAUCAACUUCCUGUGAAUUUUUAACCCGAUUCUUAGGAUGACCUAAGGAUGACCCUUGAGGUCUAUUUCUAACAGCUUAAUACCAUUAGGAAAGGGUCAAUCUUGGUUCUCACACGUACACCCAUAUAUUCCAUUGUUAAACAGGAAGCAUUCAAAGACAACCCUUAAUUGUAGAGAGUAUGAUGUCUGGAUAACUGGAAUGUCGUUUCUUUAGUUUGAUUUAUAAGUAAUGCUCUUCUAUCCCCAAUCACAGCUAUUCUGCCCUUACAUUUCCUACAAUCAUAUGGUCUCGUCCCUGUGGACAUACCUUUAAGUAUUAUAAAACUGCCUAUUUUUGUAAUGUUUCAGUUAUCUGUUUCACAUUGGAACAAAUAUGAGUUGACCCACAAUAAAGCAGCCCAGAUCC